GAAAUUUUAGGCUUUCCCGCUUGAUAUGUCUCAAUUCAAACACCUGUUUGGAACUACAAGAAUGCCCGAAAGUGGGAAAGACAGAAUCUGUAACGAUCCUCAUUCAAGACAUGUGGUAGUAAUGCGAAGAGGUUACUUCUAUUCAUUUAAUCUUCUGAACGAAAACGGACACAUUCGUCGUCCCUCUGAUAUUGCUUCCUGCGUAUAUUCAAUCUUGAAUGAUUCUCGAAAGCCUAACGAAUGCCCAAUCGGGAUUUUAACAACCACAGAACGGAAUCAAUGGGCUGAGAAUCGUCAGAACUUACUGAACCUCGGGAAUGAAGAAGUAAUAAAAAAAAUCGAUACUGCAAGUUUCAUUUUAGCGAUAGACGACGAUAUGGAAGAUGAGGAUCACAAUGCAUUGCUUCGAGAAUUUUUACAUUCCGAUGGAGUUAAUCGAUGGUUUGAUAAAUCAAUUUCAUUGAUUGUUAAUGGAAAAGGUUAUGCAGGACUGAAUUUUGAACACUCUUGGGGAGAUGGGGUGGCUGUUCUUCGAUAUUUCACAGAUUUGAAAGCCGAUAUAGAAUUCAACCCUAGUUUCCAUCCAAAUGAUCAAACUGAACUAUCUCCUUCAGGCCCAGACGUUGAAAAAUUAGAGUUCAAUGUCGACGAUGUCAUAAGAGUAACUGUGAAUCAGGCGAUAGCGAAAUAUAAAGACUGGGCUCAGAGUCGUUUAUCAAUAGAUCACCACAUAUCCGAAGUAUUCGGUAAAAAGCAGUGCAAAACGAUUGGUAUUAGUCCUGAUGCAAUGAUGCAAAUAGCAUUUCAAUUAGCUCUUUACAAACGUGAGGGAAGAGCAGUGGCUACAUACGAAUCCUGCAGCACCUCUGCUUUCAAACAUGGUCGCACUGAGACAAUAAGAUCAUGUACGAACCAAACCAAAGCUUUGUGCAAAGCGAUCGUAGAGAAUCGUUCCUGUAAAACAUAUGAUUAUGAGUAUAAAAAGUUGAUUAUUCAGUGUAGUGAGGCACACAACGCGCUCACCAAACAAGCGGCUAUGGGUCAAGGUUUCGACAGACAUUUAUUUGCAUUGAAAAAAAUUAACGAACAGAAUGAAAGUGGGAACCUUGCAUUAAUUUUCAAGGAUCCAGCGUACACUAAAAUGAAUCAUAAUAUUCUAUCGACUUCUACUUUAUCCAGCCCUCACGUCCUGGGAGGAGGCUUUGGUCCUACUGUGGAGAAUGGCUAUGGUAUCGGUUACAUGAUUCAAGAUAAUCGACUUGGAUCAGUUGUCACGAGCUACAAUAAUCAUCGCGAUGCGACAGAAUAUAUAAGGUAUUUGAAAUCAGCCUUUGAGGAUAUUCAUCAAAUUCUGCAAGCCAAGUGAAUUAGCCUUGAUGAAUUUUUAUAAUUUGGGAUAUAUUUGUAAAAAUGAAUAAAUUGGGUGGUGCCAAAUGGUA